GUAAAAAUAAUUGAAACUUUUUUUGAUUGUUGCUUAAUGCUCUUGAAUAGAAGACUUCUCAUAAUCAUGUUCUCGCAUAAUAAGUAUUUAAGUACUGAUUGAAAACGUUAAUAUUAAGAUACAUACUGUGAACAUUGAUCAACUGCUUGACAGUGUGACAUUGAAACAUUGCCAAAAUAUUUUUGGCAAAUUUUAUAGGAAAAUAUCUAGUACGAAACUUCAUGUUGAUGCAUAUAUUUAAAUUGAAGACGAAUCGAAAAUACUGCGGAUAUGUCACAUAAUCACAAGAAGCAAUCCGUAUCGGGAAAAACUAGCCAGUAUGCUGGUGUUCAUCAUGCUCACGGCACCCACAAUGCUCAAGAUGCCAAGCAUUUCCAUCAACACGAUGGCGCUCAUCAUCCAACCCACCAAAACGAACGGAGCAAAAGCGAACAUCACUCUCGUAAUAAAGGGCACCUUCCAACUAGAUCAAAAAGUUAUGAUGCAAGCCAAAGACAUCAGUCUGAAUCGCCCCAUAGUAAGCAGUCUCAGCACAGUGGAAAAGAAGUUGGAAAGUCCCAUGGUCAAGGGCUUGGAAUUAUUGACACCAAUGAUAUUUGCGUUUGCGGACCAAAUAUUUAUGGACGAUUUUUGGGCCCGACUGUCGAUGAGCAAAUUUUAGCAGGAUUGUCUGCUCUAUUUGAAAUGUGCAGUGAGUGUCCUGAACAAAACCCGCCAUCUGAUACGGAUCAAGAGACACCACAAUCUACCGAGCUAGUCCUGCCCGUAGAAUCAGAGAGUGAAGAGUCAUUAGAAAGGAUAUCGACUGAACCACAACCUUUGUCCAGAGCUUCUUCUAUCAAACCCAAUGUCAGUGCAAUGAAGACGCCUCCAUCUAAGGAAAGUUCGCUGCACAUUCCUUCCCCAAAAGAUACUGAGUUAAAACCACCGCCCCCGAAGGAAAGUGCAGUGCAGAUUCCUACUGCAAUAGAAAGCUCGUUAGGGUCAAUGGCUAAAGAAGAAAACCUUAGAACGGACAGCUCACCAAAGUCUCUUGUGAAGCAAGAAAGUUUCCAGACAGCAAAAUCGGAAAAUACAAUCAAGAUUUCUGAAGAAAGUGCCGUUGAAAAAAGCGUAUCGGAUAAAAAGUCGACUUUGAGCAACGUAGAAUCCGUUAAUGCUGCGUCUGCUACUGAAAGUCCAGAAACAAGAGAAAGCUCAAUAAUCACCGAACCCGCAAGUCAAACCUCCUCUUCUCAAACCGAAACCGCAGCAAUUGAAGAGAAAGUCAAAUCGUUGUCAAAUGUUUCUAAGGAAUCCAAAGAAGUGCGAGAAUGUCCAUGUCAAGUGGAAGAGGUGUGCAAAUGCGGACCUUUGCUCGUGUGUACUUUGCCUUCAGCAGUUUGUGUAAAUUACACGUCUGUAGAGUCAAACCUAUCGCAUUCUGAACAAUCACCAAAGCUAUCCAGUCAUUCAAAGAGUUUAUCGUUCUCGCAUCAACCAACAAUAUCAUCCAACAACCAUUGUUCAGAACAUCAAAUAGCUUCUCACGAUCCAUCGGAUGAAAAUUCGCUGACUUCUCAACAGCCUAAUCAUGAAUUUUCAAAUGAUCAAAACCACGAUGACCAUCAUAGGGCUCAUUAUCCUGAGACCGAUCCUCCAUGUACUUGCCCAACUUGCUUGCCAUACGAGGCAGCGAUGCGGCGACAACAUCAAAAGCAUUCAGACCAUCCACUACCGCAUCAUGUUACGGAGGAACAUCACCAGUCGCCAUAUAGUCAUUAUCAAACACCUCAAAAUCAUCUACCGGACCAUCAUGUAUCAAAUCAACAUAGGCUAGAUCAUCCCGUUGCCCAACAUUCAGCCCUGAAACUUCAUAAGUCCCGUUCCGGUCAUGCAUCUAAAUCCCAAAAAAAACUUAGUUCCGAACAGAGAACUUCGCGCUCUCGUUCAAGGCAGUGUCAAUGCCCCUAUAACACAACAAAACCCUUGAACGAUCCACAUCUGCUUAAAAGUGACUCUUCGCUACAUAGAAGAAAAAGUUCGUUAUCUCAUCGUGACCCAUUUCAUCCUGGAAGGAAUAAGAAUCGAUUAAAUUCAGAUGAGUGCGCCUGUUGCAAAUGCAGUGACACCACUGAAACUUCGAGCAACACAACUGACUCAGGCUGCAAGCAGAUUGAAAUAAAAGUGAAUGCAACAUGCAAAGGGUCGUCAACUAGUAGUAGUCGAGAAGGCUCUUCAGCUACCAAAGAAUCGUCAACGUCCUAUACUUGCAUUUUGGGUUGCCCGAGAGCAAAAUCGGAAAGGAGAAGCUGUGCUGCCCAAUUUGAAGACUCUGACACUACCAAAGAUUCAUCGACAUCAUGCGGAUGCCUCGUCCCGUGUCCAAAAAAGUCGUCCAUAAAAAAGAGAGCGGCUUCGUGCAAAUGCAGUCACAGUGCCACACAGAAUCUGAAUGGCAUGAGCAACAAGGUUAGAAUAUGUGGAUGCGGCACAAGUACAACUUCUGUUUCCCAGAAAAGUGCGGAGGCGCGAGUAGAUGGCGGAGACUCAGUGAAUGGUGUUAUAAGAUAUGCAAUAACGAAAAUCACCAAAUUUUCUAGUUAUACCACUUUUGAAGUGAUGAAGUCUACUAAGAAGAAACCGAGAACUUUGCCCACAAAAUUGGAAGGAGUGUUUGUUUUAAGGAACCGAAAAUGUAAUUAGUUAGUUAAAUUUAUUGACAUUCACAUAUUGAAAAUUUGAUAAUAGAAAAUACUACAAAAGACUUGAAAUUUGCAAAAUUAUAGGCUGCUUUAGGACAAAUUAUCGUCAACAUUAACGUCAAUUACCGUAACAAAAUACAAUUAUUUCAAUUUUUUGUCGAUAAUUUCUAAGAACGUGGAAAACUAAAAUUUGACUAUCUUUAACUGGAAAAAGCAUUGGUUUCAGUCUGUUCUAUAACAAUAAAUUUUUUGGCAAAUCGA